AUGGCCCCUAUAAUCGAAACUAGCUCCACAUGGAGUUCCAAUUUCAAACUAAACCUAGCCAUGCUGAGUUACUCCACUGGGUUAACCAUCCCAAGACUGGCAAGUCCACUUCUUCUGAGAACUAAAAUUGGGUUACUUCUUUUGGUGCCAGUUCAGCUACUAGUCAUGUUUAUUAUCACGAUUCCUUGCUUGUUUAUGGAACUGGCUUUGGGACAAUAUUCCAACAAAGCGGCACUCAAUGUGUGGAAUAUGUGUCCAGUUCUUAAAGGAAUCGGGAUAUGUAGCUUUGCCACGUUCAUACUAUACCAAACUUACUACUUUUAUCUCUGUACUUGUACCCUAUCUUUUGCGUUUUUGUCUUUGACGAGUAACCAACAACAAUGGAAGUCGUGCAAUGGGACUUGGAAUAAAAUCAAUUGCUACACUUUGCGUGAUAAUUACACUAGAAGAUUCGAGUGCAGUCAGAAGUAUAACAGAGACAAGUGUGACAAAAUGCAGUGGCAGUCAAGUAUAGAACAGUUUUAUUUCUACCGAAUACUGAACAUUGAUGACGAUGGUUACGUUGGUACCCCGCAACAAGAACUUCUCAUUUUUGCAUUAGUAACGAUAAUUUUGCUAUUUUUUGCAAAUUAUGGGGGACCGAAAUCAACUGAAAAUUUCUUGAUUGUUUUAGCAAUAAUUCCAAUCAUCCAGUUAAUGAUUUUGUUUUUCACACCUCUCACGAAGAGCAAUGUUUCAUUAACAUUGAACUAUUUGUUCAAACACUUUGAUACAAGACAGCUCAAAGAUAUCAAAGUUUGGUCUACGAUUAUAGAACUGUCGUUAAGUACAUCUGGUUUAGGGUUUGGGGCUUACAUUACUCUAGGAACACAUUCUUCUUUCCGAAGCCCCAUUCAUCUGAAAAUUGUCGUCAUAAGUCUGUUGACUUCUUUAUUCACCAUUGUUUACACUAUCACGUUACAGAACUUCCUCGUGUCGCUUUGUCUACACAGUAAAAUGCUGAGUGAAGACUUUCUUAGUUUGGAGCAAGAACUAUCAAUGCCUGAUGCUGCAUUUUUCUUAGAACAUAGUCCGCGUUACUGGAUGGUCAUGUGGCUGUCGAACUCUUACAUGCUCGGUUUACGUACUCUGAUAGUGAUGAUGUCCGUCAACACAGAAGUCAUCUAUAGCUCCAUACCAAACAUAAGAAAACGUCACAACUUUUGCGUUUUCCUUUUCUGUUUGCUAUUCUACAGCGGAGGGAUUUUUUUCGCCACUAGAAUCGGGUACUUCGUGGUCAAAACCAUCGACAAAAUCAUGAACGAGUUCAUUUUCAUUAUUCUAAACACUUUUAAUUUGGUCGCAGUGGUAUGCUUCUACGGGUUGCGAAAAUUCAGAGACGAUGUUCACUUCAUGAUCGGAAUACGAUUUUCGGCUUACUCGAACGCUCUCUACAUUCUUAACCCUUUGCUUCUAGGGUCACUACUAAUCUACAACGUGUACAACUUCUACACACACAAGGUCGACGUGAAAUUUCCGUGGAUGCGUAGUCUCGAAAUUUUUUUUCUUUGGUUUAUUCUUGUGGCUGUUGUGUUUUAUUUUUUUGUCUACUUGGUCUUGGUCGUUUUGGGGAAGAACUUGCCAGUUUUCAAACCGGCAGCUGAUUGGGGCCCACGAUAUUCGACUCUGGUCAAGAGCAGAAGAAUGUUUAAGGCGUACAACAUGGCGAAGGAGUAUCUUUACCGGCAGGAACGUUUCCGGCAUUUGAGGGAAACCAACGUGUGAAAAAAAAGCGGACUAAC